UGCCUAUAAAAACUGUUCACUGCUUCCUAGAGGAGGAAACAGCAAGAAGCACAACAGCUAAGCGCUCGGGUAAUGUAGUUCAGACAGCGAACACCGCCGCUAAUCACUGCCGAGCCCCCGCCUAUUAGGAAAUACAUUACCCAGAAGCCCCCGCGAUGGUUGAGCCACAGAGGAAAGGAGUCAUGAAUUACGCCAGAUUUCUGACCGCUGUGAGUGCAGCCAGAAAACCUUCCCCCAUCAGGAUGCUGACUGAGCUGCAGCAGCGGUCGCCUCCGUCUUUGAUUUCUUUGGCUGGAGGAUCUCCAAACCCCAACACCUUCCCCUUCCUGUCUGCGUCCAUCCAGGUGAAGAACGGACAGACGGUCACCUUCGAUGAGCUGACGAUGAAGAGAGCCCUGCAGUACUCUGCCUCCAGUGGGAUCCCAGAGCUGGUGACGUGGAUGAAGAACCUGCAGAAGAAGCUCCACAACCCCCCGACCGCCAGCUACAGCCCAGAGCAGGGUCAGAUGGACAUGUGUGUGACGACGGGGAGCCAGGAGGGGCUCUGUAAGGUGUUUGAGAUGCUGGUCAACCCUGGAGACAACGUUCUCCUGGAUGCACCCACAUAUUCAGGGACACUCGCAGCACUUCAGCCACUCGGGUGUAACUUAAUAAACGUUUCCAGCGAUCAACACGGCAUGAUACCUGCAGCCCUGAAGGAGGUUUUGUCUCGAUGGGACCCGUCAGAGGUCCACAAGCCCGGCAGCACCGCUCCCAAGAUCCUCUACACCAUCCCCAACGGAGGAAACCCCACCGGUGCCUCCAUGACGGUUGAGAGGAAAAAGGAAGUGUACGAGCUGGCCAGGCUGUACGACAUGCUUAUCAUCGAGGACGACCCGUACUAUUUCCUGCAGUUUGAAAAGCCGUGGGCUCCCACGUUUCUCUCCAUGGAUGUUGACGGGAGGAUCAUCAGGACAGACUCUUUCUCUAAGAUCCUGUCUUCAGGGCUGAGGAUCGGCUUCGUCACUGGUCCCAAGCCGCUGGUGGACAGGGUGGUGCUGCACAUCCAGGCCUCCACAAUGCACACCAGCAGCUUCACACAGCUCAUGGUGUCUCAGUUGCUCCACAGCUGGGGACAAGAAGGUUUCCUCCAGCACAUAGACAGGGUGAUUGAGUUUUACAAGAAACAACGCGAUGCAAUGCUCAGCUCUGCAGACAAGUGGCUCAAAGAUUUGGCAGAGUGGCACUCCCCAUCAGCAGGCAUGUUCCUGUGGAUGAAGCUGAGGGACAUCGCCGACACCCAGCAGCUCAUUAUGGAGAAAGCCUUGGAGAAGGAGGUGCUGCUGGUUCCUGGAGGCGUCUUCAUGAUCAACAGUAGCGACCCCUGUCCUUACGUCAGAGCAGCCUUUUCUCUGUCCACACCGGAGCAGAUUGAUGAGGCUUUCAAGAGGCUCUCUUUGCUCAUCAAAGAUGCUUUAUGAUGAAAGAUUUCUUUCCCGGGGAGAUGCUGCUGUUUCUGUUGAAGACUUUUGUGAAGUUUAAAAUUUAAAUUGUUGACUAUAUCCAAACAUUUAUCAAGAGAAUAAAUCCGUCUUGUUUGUAAUAAUUCAGAUUUAUUCUCAAUUCAGAUUCUGCACUGUCGUCUAUUUCGAUAGUCAUCACUUGUCAUGCCAGAAUAGUUCCAUCCUGACGAAUAAAUUCAAGUUGCUGCUUUGACUUUAAAUUAUUUUAAUGUAGUUUUAAUAUUUGAAAGUUUGUCAUUGGUUGGACAAAAACAUUUUAGUGCUUUCACUUUGGACUCUGGGUAUUUUUGACAGCAGAAUUUUGAAAUUUGUAAGUGAACCCAAAUACAAAAACAAAAUUUAUCAAUCAAUCCUCAAGCCGAGUCUCAGAGCCCAACCCUGUUAAUUUGACUGCAUGUCCCUUCAACAUGAACUAAUGCUGAUUUUUGAAAACCCACUGGAACAAUGUAAAAAAAAAAAAAUGCUGCUAAACAUUACACUUAACUGUAAAGACAUCAUUACAUCUUGCUCAUGAAAAGAAGUAAAUAACUUUUUGUCACUUUGUA